GAGUGCAAGAUAGAAGAAUUAAGGGUAGGGAGACCCCAACGCGGAUCCGCCCAGAGAGUGAGAGUUCACUAUAAAAGUGAUGCAUAUUACACUGCACAUCACUCUCGAACCAACUCCAGAGGCAUAAAGAAAAUGGCAUUCAAAUUCGUCGCCUUCGCCGCCUUCGUGGCCGUCGCCCGCGCCGGAGUGGUGCCCGCCACCUACGCUGCCGCCCCCGUGGCCUACGCCGCCGCCCCUGCCUAUAAGGUAGCUGCCCCCGUGGCUUACGCCGCCCCCGCCUACGCUAAGGUCGCUGCUCCCGUCGCCUACGCCGCCGCCCCCGCCUACGCUAAGGUCGCCGCCCCCGUCGCCUACGCCGCCGCCCCCGCCUACGCUAAGGUCGCCGCCCCCGUCGCCUACGCCGCCGCCCCCGCCUACGCUAAGGUUGCCGUGCCCGCCGUCGCCAAGGCUGUCGUCGACACCGACUUCGACCCCAACCCCCAGUACUCCUACGCCUACGACGUGCAGGACGCUCUUACCGGCGACAGCAAGUCCCAGCACGAGACCCGCAACGGCGACGUCGUCCAGGGCUCCUACUCCCUUGUUGAGCCCGACGGCAGCCGCCGCACCGUCGAGUACACCGCCGACCCCGUCAACGGAUUCAACGCCGUCGUGCACAAGGACGCCGCCGUCACCAAGGCCGUCGUUGCCGCCCCGGCCGUCGCCAAGGUGGCCGCUCCCCUGGCUUAUGCCGCCCCCGCCUACGCACACGCCCCUGUGGCCUACGCUGCUCCCGUCGCCAAGGUGGCCGCUCCCGUCGCCUACGGCGCCCCCCUCGCCACCAAGGCUUACCUGGGUCAUUGUAUUUGCAACAACACAGUCAUGGCCUUCAAGUUCCUCACCUUCGCCGCCCUCGUGGCCGUCGCUCGUGCCGGAGUGAUCGGCACUCCCGCCAUCACCACCUACGCGGCUGCUCCCGCCAUCUCGGCCUACGCCGCCCCCGCCUAUGCUAAGGUCGCCGCCCCCGUUGCUUACGCUGCCGCCCCCGCCAUCGCUAAGGUUGCUGUUCCCGCCGUCGCCAAGGCUGUCGCCGUCGACACCGACUUCGACCCCAACCCCCAAUACUCCUACGCCUACGACAUCAAGGAUGCUCUGACCGGCGACAACAAGGAGCAGCACGAGACCCGCAACGGUGACGUCGUCCAGGGCUCUUACUCCCUGGUCGAGCCCGACGGCACCCGCCGCACCGUCGAGUACACCGCUGACCCCGUCAACGGAUUCAACGCCGUCGUGCACAAGGAGGCCGCCGUCGCCAAGGCUGUUGUCGCCGCCCCCGCCAUCGCUAAGGUCGCCGCUCCCCUGGCUUAUGCCGCCCCCGUUGCUCACGCCGCUUAUGCCGCCCCCAUCGCCCACGCCGCUUAUGCUGCCCCCGUCGCUAAGGUCGCCGCUCCUCUGGCCUACGCCACCCCCCUCGCCGGUAAGGCCUACCUCGGUUAAACCCUGAUGACCGCCCCCGACUCUAAUCUGUUGUAAAUUAUUAUUUAUUUCUCCUUCCGAAGCCCACUUUCCAUCUUGUGAUCGCAUUUGACUUUUUGGAAAUGAUUUUUAUCGAUCUGUACCAAGCUGUUUCACAUAUUGUGAAAAGCGCAGAAUAAAGUUGCAAUAACUGAA